GGAUCCAUUUCUGUUCCCAGUCAUUUAUGAGCUGCAAGGAUCUCCACACAAAAAGGGACAAGAGACUCAUGAAUACUAUUUUUUUUUUCUGCUAUAUUGGAUAACAAGUUCAUGGACCUUUUAUCUUUAACGUGGAAACAAGAGGCUGAGAGCGCGGCAAUAAACUGAGUUCAAUCCUGCGAGCGCUUUGGUGAACUUUGUGCAUUACAUUCUCAUCCUCUAUAGAUGUGACAUCCACUCAAGCCACCUGUAGGAGAUUCAGUGUUAAACCCAGUGAAGACCUCUUAAAACUUCUGGAACCUUCCUCUGCGGCUGGCAGCCGUGUCCAGCAGACUGGUGGCAGCGUUUCCACUCCCUCAGUGACGGCGCCUCCAAUCACCCAAUCCAACAAAGACUGAGAGGAUUCUCGAGUGGAUUCUGCUUCCUCUUUGGUGAGGGCCUUAUUCAGCAGGCUGGGAGUGGAAGCAGGAUGUCUGAAAUGGAGGACUUCCCCCCUCCGCGGGGCCCAAGAGGCCCUGGACUUGGCUUCAAUGGUCCGGCAGACCCAGCUCAAAUCCAGCACAGCAUCCUGGAGGAGCAGGUGGAGCUGUGGUGGUUCAGAGAGCCGGGGAAGUCUCUGCUCUGCUACUGUGUCGCCGUGCUGCUGAUCCUGGGCUGCGGGCUGGGGGGUGUCGGCCUCCUCUCCACCACCACCAGCGUGUCGAGCGAAUGGCGGCUGGGCGCGGGCACGGCCCUCUGCCUGCUGGCCCUGGGGGUCCUGCUGAAACAGCUCCUCAGCUCGGCCGUGCAGGACAUGAAUUGCGUUCGAAGCCGACAGAGGAUUGACAUUUUGAAAAGCGGCGGUUUAUCGGACAACCUUGUGGUUUUGAUCACGGGGCUGUCGUUGUUGAUCUGUGGGGCGGUUCUACUCCGUCUGGCUCUGGCUAACCACAUGCCGAAGCCUGGCCAAGCCCUGAAUGACAUGUACAUCUCUGGGGUGGUUUUGCUGGCUGGAGGCGGGGCUGCAGUGGCGGGCGUCGGAGUGUACUCUGCUGUGGUGGUCCUACUUGAGAGGACAAGGCAGGGACGAAGGUUGAUGGACCGGGUUGUGAAUAUAUUCACUGUUUCUGGACACAUGGACCACCAGGCUCGGAGAGAGACUACCUCCAGUUUGGCUAACCUCAUAUGAGACGUAGAGGCACACGAGCCUCAUUACUGCGUGUUUCAACCCCCGGCUCCUCCUGUCAGAACAUUUUCCCAGACGAGUUAGAGGAGUCGAAUUGGAAAAGUUUUGAGAUCAGCAGGAUAGGUGAAUAACUAAAUCGAAAUCUGAUUCAUACUUCACAUGCUCUUGCUUCUUCAUCGGCUGAUUAGUAAGGCAAGCCUAGAGGAGGCGAACAAGGCAGCCUGAAUAGAAUUUGUAAAAUCUGGCUCAGAUGUUAGCACAGAGCUGUCAGAUCUCAGUCACAGAACAAGGAUGUGCAAAACAUCCUCUCGGCAAUAGUGAAUAGAGAUAUGGGAGGACAGAGGAGAUAUGAGCGGGCUUACAAAUUGCACAAGGUUGAGAGACUGUCGAGGAAUUGUGUUUGUCCUGAGCGGAGAA